GUUGAUACACAAGUAUAUCCCAAUUCAUUCUGUGACUAGAGACGUAGUGAAUCAUGGCACUAGUCCGUCAAGUGGCAGACAAAUCCAAUCAAAAGGAUACCAGCGAGGAGAGUUGCGAUAGUGGGGAGCUCUUGAAGGAUCAGCAUAGCUUCUACACGUGCCUGGUCUGCAUGCGCACUGCCCGCUCGCCGAGAGUGGGCUUCUGUGGCCACCACUUCUGCGGGAAGUGCAUCCGCAACUGGAUUCGCACACAGGGGUCGCGGGCCAAGUGCCCGUAUUGCCAGUCGAGGAUCGGGGAGAACACCCUCAUCACCAUCCGCCAGACAAAGAUCACGGAGCCAACCAAGUGCUGCAAAUCCAUCGAGGAUCAUCGUCGUAGGCUGCUCAUGAGCAGCGAAUAUGUCAGGGAACUAGCCAUCCUGCCCGAAGCGGCCAUGUUCCUGCGCGGCUACAUCGAGUAUCCGCCGGAGCCGAUGCCGCGCAUCAAGCCGCUGCCGCCCCAGAUGCUCCUCCAGCUGUCCCGUCGUCCAAUGCGGCGCACCUUCAUGGACCACACGCUCCACCAGCGCGCCAUGACUUUCAUCAUCUUGCUGUUCCUAUUCGCCAUGUACCAGCAUGGCGUUUAGCUGGCAGCUGGGCUAUAUGUAUAUGCCUAUCCCGCUGCGGCGAACCUCCAAAUUCCAAAUCUGGUGAUGAUUUCGUGUUUUGCUGUUCUGUCAAAUGUUUGUGAAUAGAUUUUCAAAAGCCGCCGGCUUGAGACUA